CUGAGGAGUCCCUGUUGAACUCUUGACUGAAAUAUUCAGAGCGAAAUCUUGCUCUUGAAAGUGACGUGUUUUUUUGGCCAUCCUCACCCACAAUCUUGUUUCCUCAUCUUUUUGGUUAUUCUUUGAAGCUUUGACCAUGAUGAUCAUGCUGCUGAGAACGACGCUAGUGGCUACUCUAGCCUUGGGAUCGCAAGCCUUUACCAGUUACCAUCAUCAUGGAGUCACUUUGACUCACCUGGGAGCCAGCGCUUCUUCGUCUGUCUCGAUCGAGGCUGUUGGUCAAGAUCUCAACACUGCCUUGGAAGGUUGUCAGGAUGAAGUUGCCAAGACAGUCAAUGUGGCCGUUGGGAGUAGUCCAACUACAGGACGACUCGGUCUAAUUGCCACCAAAAACAUAAAAAAAGGUGAAGUCUGCUUGGCAAUGCCCCUUGACGAUCGGUACAUGUUGACGGCAGAUGUGGCACGUGAUGUCGUCUUCAUGGGUGUGCUGCCAGAAAAAUUCGAGGGGUGGACAGGAGAUGCUGGCCUCAUUGCCCUCUUGAUACUCAAUGAAUUGGCUCGGACAGCAGAGCAAGGAAUUCAACUGCCUGCUCGCGGUGACGAAGUACAAGCCUUGAUGAAAGCAUGGGUAUCUGCCUUGCCAUCACCCGAGGAAAUGAAACAAAGCCACCCUCUCCUAUGGUCCGAAGAGGAUCAAGAAAUAUUGCAAUUAUCCUCGACAAACAAAAUUUACCGUGUUUUGGAUGAUAUCGAAGAGGAUGUGGCGUGGCUCAGUGAGCGAGUCUUUACAGACGAAAAACUCCCAGAAACGGUCGUGAUCAAUGGCGAAGAACGACCUUGUUUUAGCCAAGACGGCUUUCGCUGGGCCGUGGCACUGGCACAGUCACGGGCCGUCUUUGUCGAUAGUGCGUUGCGGCUGUUACCAUUGAUGGACAUGUGCAACCACGAUGAUGAGGGAGAAGAAAUCACACGUGGCAUGAUGGGCCCAUUCAAGAUGACGAAAGGAGCUCAAAUCAUUGCAGCACAAAGUUACACUGCCGGCGACGAAAUAUUCUGCUCCUAUGGACCCAAGAGUGCGGCAGACUACCUGUUAGAACAUGGAUUUUGUCCUCCUCAAUGUUGGAAGACAGCCGUCUCGGAAUUGACAUUUGAUGUUGAUCAAGAUGAUCGAUUUUAUGACGACAAACUGGAUAUUCUAGAAUUUGAAACCUAUGAUCAAGCUCCAAUGGAUCCUGCCCAGUCCUUUGAUGUGAUCAGUUCGCCAGGACGGGACGGAGAACCAGACCCUGCCAUGAUCCAAUUUGUUCGUCUUUGCAAGCUGGGAGCGACUGACGCAUUCUUGUUGGAAAGCAUCUUUCGAAAGGAAGUCUGGGGAUUCAUGAGCAUGCCUGUCAGUGAAGGAAAUGAACUCAAGGUGGUCAACGCAGUAUCCGAGGCAUGCCAGCAAGCUAUUGACGACCUCAAACAGUGCCCCGAAGGCGGGCCAGAAGUUUGUACACGUCUUCGUGAAUCAGAAACAAAGGCCCUAUCGCGAACAUUGGCGUAUCUCCAGAGAGAAAAGGAAGCCUUGGAUUUGAAGGAAUACUACCAAGAACGGCGGCUGAAAGAUCUGGGAUUGGACUCGGAAUGGGCGCCAGAAGAUGACAUGUCGGCUGAUCUUGGGUACGGACAAACACGGACUCCAGGUGGCGCAGACUAUGAUUGGUAA